CAGGACGCCGCCCAGGACCGCUCGGACUCGCCCACCCCUUCCCCUGGGGACCCCGCGCGACUCUGCGCCGUUUCGGGCGCGCCGCGCCGCCCACUCGCCGCGCCGCCGCCGGGCAUCUUGUCUUAGCUCAAGACCUGCAUACACAAGACCUCAUACAUAGGGCCUCGAUCCUUCGACUUCAGUCCCCCCCCUCGUUCGGCCGCGAUGGGCCUGAGCGGCGUGGCCCUGGCGGCGGCAGCGGCGUGCGGCACACUGCCGGGAGCGCUGGCGUUGAAGGCCGCGGGUGCCGCGGGCGCCGAUGAGCGGGGCAGCAUCCUGGUCACUACCGGGUACUGGAGGCUGGACAACAGCCACGCGGAUGCCGGCGGGCUCCGCAACGGGCCGGGUGGCUACCUGAAGAGUAUGCACAAGGUCAUGUCGCUGAACACAGACAUCGCCAUAUACGGCGACGCCUUCGGCGUGGAGAACAUGCAGCUCGCCAGGGGCGAGGCCAAGCCUGCGUUGGCAGGUGCAGAGGUGCUGGAGAUCGAGUCGCUGGAGCCUUGCAAGUCGCACGGGGCUGAGAUGCGCGCCAACGUCUCGAAGUACACGCACCCGCUUCACAUGCACUCCAUCACGCUGGCUUGCAUUUGGGACGGCAAGUUCAGCCUGGUCGGGCGAUCCUUCCGGAAGUACCCUGGCUACGACUGGUACGCGUGGCUGGACAUUGGCAUGCACGGCGGGGCGGAGAUGGACAAGAACAUGCUUGCCUGGGGAAACAAGCCGUGGCCGUCUGCAAGCAGGCUCGCCAAGCUCCCCACGGACAAGAUUUCCGCCAGUGGCACUGGGUACUGCGGCAACUUCAAGGAGGGCGACUAUCGCUUCGGCCACUGCGUGGCGGCCACCGUGUGGGUCAUCCCCGCCCGGAUCGUCGAGGACGUGGUGGCCCUCUUCUACGAGGAGCUCGAGAAGUGCUUCCGCAUCACGAAGGACCAGGACGAGUCGUACCAGUGCCUCAGCGAGCAGGUGAUCAUGACCCACAUGGAGGUAUCCGCCGCCAGCACAUAGACGCUGUAUCCACUGCCGCGGAGUCGUGCCCCCGGAUCUGAGUGCGGGAUAUGGGCACCUGCCCGCCCCUGAGGGCGAGAUGGUGCCCGCACCCACCGCUCCCCGGGGAAAGUCCAGGGGCAGGACUCCGGCAGCGGCCACGACGUGGAUGUGUGCCCCGGCGGCCCAGCUGCCAGGUGUCCCGCCCCGGGCUCUACAACUUCAUCGGCAAGGGCUACGGCACCGGCAUCAUGAACAACUUCACCACCGACCUCGCCGAGCUCGACGGGCCCUCCGACCUCUUCAGCUGGCUCGGCGCCGAGGACGGCCAGGUCACGACGAUGCUGGCGGCCGACAGGAAGCGGGGCCUCGACUGAGCGCCCCGCCUGGGCCGCCUUCACCGCCGGCCCUCGCCGCGCCCCAGCCCACAGAGGGCCUCCGAGGGCCGUCCGGGCCGCCUCUGCGGGGGCCUCCGCGAGCGGCGCGCGGGGCCUCCGAGAGCGGCGCGCCCGCGGCGGACGGCGGCCUCCUCUUGUUCCCAACCCGGCGGCGGGGCGCGCGCGCGCGCGCGGCUGAGACUGACUUCGCCGCCGCCGCGGCUGUUCCUCCCCCC